AUGCUGACAAUAGAGACAGACCAUUUUGACUACAAUGAGCUCACCAAAGUAUAUCUUGGUGGGUUACAUCUCUCCAGGUUAGAUCAGUUUUUAAAUACAUCUCAAACGGGCUUCGCUCACUCGUCUUCAGGAACUGAAGUUACAACCUUGCUAAAAGGGUUAUUUACAGCGGUGUCCAUCUGUAUGCUCCAAUUACUAUUCUUCUGCCUCUUACGUCCUACCAUCAAGAACAUAUACCAGCCUCGAUGUUACUAUGUUCCUGUACGAGAAAGAAUGGAGCCAUUACCAGACGGGUUGUUUGCAUGGGUAAUGCCCACAAUAAAGUACAACACAAGCUAUUAUCUAAGCAUGGGACUGGAUACCUACUUCUUUAUCAGGUUUGUGAGUGUACUUUUACUUUUUUUCAUGGUUGUGGGUAACCUAAACUUGCUAGUUCUUGUGCCAGUAAAUUGGACAGGAAGCAGUCUGCAAUACUCGGCCACAGGGAUGGACAAGCUUAGUGUUUCCAACAUCGCUGCCUCAAAAGUUCAUAGACUUAAUUUUCAUUUUGUGAUGUGCUUAUUUACUGUUGCAAUGUUCCAGUGGUUAAUUGUCUAUGAGCUAAACAGUUUCGUGAAAAUACGACAUUCAUACUUGUCUAGCAUAACCCACCAAGCAUCAAUUAUUGCUAGAACACUACUCAUUUCAAAUAUUCCAGAUGAUUUAAAAGAUUCUGACAAGCUAAUUGAUUUAUUCAGUGUGGUCCCUGGUGGGGUGAAUACCAUAUGGUUAUCGUACGACUCCACUCAUAUGAGUUUUUUGACUGCUCAAGCUAUGAAUGCUAUGGAUUACUUGGAAAAGGCUCAGGUGCUAUACCUAAAAGAAUAUUAUGCAAAAAAAGAUUCAAAAUAUACUCCUUGGUUGCAAAAAAUACUCUUGAAAAACAGAAAACAUAGUGAUCAAAUGCCUAAAGACCAUUGUAAGUAUGAACCAAGCUUGAUCCCUCAGUUUUACCCUCCAAUAUACCAAGGUCCCUUUCACAUGCCAGUAAUUGAUAGAACCAUUUGGUUUAGCCUUCCCGGAAUCCUACGAAUAUUUAGUUUUCAGUCAAGGGUAUCCAUGAUUGAAUGGGCAUUAACAACUUUAAACUACCUAGAGAAGGAAAUAGAGCAAGAAAAAACUAGAUUGGCUGAGUCUAAAUUGCCAAUUCACAACAAAUUCUUUAUUGAGUUCAAUGACCAAAUUGGAGCUUCCAUUGCUAGUCAAUGUCUACUUUCAUAUCAGGGAACGCUUGAUCUGUGCUUAACUGAGGUUCAUCCCAAGGACGUUUUGUGGGGUAAUAUUGCAAGUAGGAAUUCGUACCUCUUGCUUAUUGAGAACUAUGUUGUCACUCUUUUUCUCAUUAUUAUUACAGUUCUUUACAUAAUACCCGUUUCAUUCAUCGGAUUACUAUCUCAGAUGCCGUUAAUCACACAAUUACUACCUUUCUUUAAGUGGCUAGAAAACAUUCCAGAUAAAGCAAGAGAUACAAUAUCCCACCUUUUACCUUCAAUUCUUCUUUCCUUACUAACAGAGAUAAUGAUGAAAGUUUUCAGAACUCUUUCAGCUCUUAAGGGAAUGCAAACGGGUGCAAGUACGGAAGCAAAUCUUCAACAUUGGUAUUUUGCAUUUCUAUUCGUGCAACAAUUUAUAGUUAUUACUAUUCUGGCAAGCAUCUCCGUGAUAGUCAAGCAAGUCGUCGAUAAGCCAACUUCGAUACCCAUUCUUUUAGCUUUGAAUUUACCAAAAGCUGCAACCUUCUUUUUCCAAUACCUUACAGUGAAAGCGUUAACAUUUUGUGGUAAUAAUUUCUUGAGAAUCCACCAAUUAGUUUUUCAUCUCACAAUUUACAAGUUUCUUGACAGUACUCCUAGGAGAAAAUUCGCAAGGCUAACUCAUUUGACGAGGGUAAAAUGGGGAACUACAUAUCCAGUUUAUUCUGUGUAUUCAAGUAUUGGUUUAGUGUAUACAAUUAUUUCCCCAUUAAUAUCGGUGUUUAUAAUUUUUGUUCUUUGUUUGGUUUUGGUUUACUACAAGUAUUCCCUAAAAUUCAUUUACAGCCAUGUUAAUGAAUCUGAGACAAAUGGAAAGUUGUACCCAGUUGCAUUGUUACAUCUUUAUACAGGUAUUUAUUGCUUGGAAUGUUGCAUGAUUGGAAUUUUAUUUUUACUGAAGAAUGAGCGAGGAGAAUGCCCUCUGAUAGUUCAAGGGUAUCUCAUGUGCAUUACGUUUUUGUCAACUGUGUUUUUUCAUUACACACUUUAUAAAAAGUAUUCCAGGUAUUUUUCCUAUUUGCCAAUAAUUGCCGACAAGCCAGAAAACCUUUCAAAAAAACAAGGUCCGGACUUUAGCGAGAACUCAAAUGGAGAUAGUUACUACUCGGAUAAAAAGUUAUUAUACCUCCAUAACUCAUUCACUUAUGAGUACCCUCCUCUAUGGCUACCUUUGGACCCACUGGGAAUCAGUGAAAUGCAGAUUGAUUAUGCCGAGUCUAAGGUAAAUACUCUAAGAGGUGGCCAAACAAAAGGGGCAAUUAUCAAAUUAGAUAAUUAUUUCCAAACGAUUCAAAUUAAGGUCUCCGAAGCCCCUCCAGGAUACAAAUAA